GGAGGUCUGUCAGCACUUUCUAAAGUGUUGGUAGAGGUGGUGGAUGUGAAUGACAAUGCACCAGAGAUCGUGGUCAGUUCCUUCAACAGCCCAAUCCCUGAGAAUGCAGCACCUGGCACUGUGGUCGCACUCUUUGAUGUCAGGGAUCAGGAUUCCGGUGUGAAUGGGGAGAUCAGCUGUGCCCUCGAAGAACAGCUGCCCUUCUCCCUCCGGCCAGCCUUUAAGAACUACUACGAGCUGGUGACCAUGAGCGCGUUGGACCGGGAGAAAACAGCACGUUACAGUGUAAUCGUCACGGCAGCAGAUGCAGGGUCUCCGCGUCUGAGCAGCAGCCACACGUUCACCGUGGACAUCUCCGACGUGAAUGACAACGCGCCCGUCUUCAACCAGACGUCGUACACCAUGUACGUGCACGAGAACAACGUCCCCGCGCUGCUCGUCGGGGCCGUGAAGGCAACGGACGCGGACGCGGGAGCCAACGGCAAG